UGCGCGCCUUGCACACCGAGCUGACCGAGCAUCCCGCGCGACAUGCCGUAUGCGUGAUCCCGCGAUUCGCAGCGGUCGUGUCAACAAAAUCAGCCGAGCAUCCCGUGCCCAAUCAGAGCCCAAUCCUUCCCGUUCUGCAACAGAAAUUGGGGAACCGUGUCGGACGAGGUGGAUCCAGCCAUCUAGCUAACCUCGCACGAGGAAGUUGUUCUCUCGUAGGAACGCACGUAGCACGUGCGCGAAGCACGUAUCUGACGUAACGAAUAGCUCUAACCGCUCUGUGGCGCUCUGCCGGCGUGCCGGCUGCUCCACGCACAUUACGCGCAAAACACGCGUGCACACGCACACACCACCAUACACACACACACACACACAGACACGCAGCGUGCUGCGCGCGCGAAGAUGGCCGGGAAUUGGUCGAGUUUGAAUCGGCGCGGUUUUCAAUUGGUCGAGAACCUCCUGCGCGUCCGGAGCCGGCGGACUAUAAAGGAUUUCGCCGAUCAAGGACGCGUCGCAGACGUUUACGGGCUUUCACACAGUCGAGUCUAUCGUCUCUCAACUACGUGCUGUUCACCGAAACCAAGCAUGAAUACGAUACUCCAAAAGAAUGUUUGGGACAGCGAUCCCGAGCUCUUCGAAUUGAUGAAGAAGGAGAAGAGACGGCAGGAAUCGGCGAUAGAGUUGAUCGCGAGUGAAAACUUUACGUCUCUCAGUGUACUUCAGUGCCUGGGCUCGUGUUUACAUAACAAGUACAGCGAGGGACUGCCUGGUCAAAGAUAUUACGGUGGAAACGAAAUCAUCGACGAAAUCGAAUUGCUGGCCCAGAAACGCGCGUUGGAAGCCUUCGAUCUGAACCCUGAGGAAUGGGGCUGCAACGUACAACCCUACUCGGGAAGUCCGGCGAAUUUCGCGGUGUACACGGGCCUGUUGGAGCCCCACGGGCGUAUAAUGGGCCUGGACUUGCCCGACGGUGGACAUCUCACUCACGGUUUCUUCACGGCGACCAAGAAAAUCUCCGCUACGUCCAUCUUCUUCGAAUCGAUGCCGUACAAAGUUAAUCCUGAGACUGGCUACAUCGACUACGACGAGCUCGCGAAACAUGCGAAAUUAUUCAAGCCGAAAGUCAUCAUCGCUGGCGUCUCCUGCUACAGCAGGAAUCUGAACUACGAACGUUUCCGCCAAAUUGCCGACGAGAACAACGCGUAUCUCUUCAGCGACAUGGCUCACGUCUCCGGACUGGUCGCCGCCGGUUUAGUGCCCAGUCCUUUCAAAUACAGCGACAUUGUUUCGACAACUACACAUAAAACCUUACGAGGGCCGCGCGCUGGCGUUAUUUUCUUCCGAAAAGGCGUCCGAAGCGUCACGAAGGACGGCAAGAAGGUCAUGUACGACUUAGAGAGCAGAAUAAAUCAAGCGGUUUUCCCGGGUCUUCAGGGUGGACCUCACAAUCACGCUAUCGCCGCAAUAGCUACCGCUAUGAAACAGGUGAAAACGCCGGAAUUCCUCGAGUAUCAGAAGCAAAUAGUGCUGAACGCGAAGAGAUUGUGCGCCGGUUUGCAAAAGCAUGGCUAUAACAUCAGCACCAACGGCACGGACAAUCACCUGAUAUUGGUGGAUCUACGAUCCAAGGGCAUAACCGGCUCGAAGGCGGAGAAGGUCCUGGAGGAGAUUUCUAUCGCCUGCAACAAGAACACUGUUCCCGGUGACAAAAGUGCGUUGAAUCCCAGCGGUAUUCGUUUAGGAACGCCUGCGAUCACCACUCGCGGCUUAGGCGAGAAAGACAUCGAAAAAGUUUCGGAGUUCAUACACAGAGGUUUGCAACUCUCUAAGGAAGUGACUGCUAUAUCCGGACCGAAGCUGGUUGACUUCAACAGAGUAUUAACUACCGAUGAAAAAAUUAAAGCACAGAUCGCGACUUUGAAGAAGGAAGUGGAAACUUUCGCGAACGAAUUUCCGAUGCCUGGCCACGAAAUAUAUUAAGCGCGAAACUUCGUUUGAUGUAAAUUUUUAAAUGCUGCGUAAUAUUUUCAUUAUGCCAGUAAUUAUAGAUUUUGUAAAUUAUUAUAUUUUUCUAUGAAGAGAUCUGUAUUAGUCAUGUAUCCACGUUGAAAUUCAACAACGCGAUACAUGCAGAAUCAUUUUUACUAUGUAUAAAGCGUUGCUAUUACAAUCAUUUUUACAAUGUAUAAAGCGUUGCUAUUACAUAACUUUUUUUCUAAUAAAAAAAGAUCCAUUAGAUACAAAA